AUGACCCAGCAUGUGGACAAGGAAUCUAAGAAAAAAGCUUCUGGUUCAUUGUUACAUAUUGCAUCUGAGGCUGUCCAUUCAAGAAUCAAGAAUCUGAAGAGGCGAGACCAUCAGUGCCAGGCGUUCAUGAGGAAGGUCAUAGAGAGCGGCAUCUUCAGGACACUUAUCAUCACCACCAUCUCUCUCAAUGCCUUUUUCAUGGUCUUGUGGACCAGUUAUGACAUCCGAUACCGCUUGUUCAGGGUAUUUGAGAUCUCAGAAAUCAUCUUUGUGUCCAUCUGCACCUCGGAGUUCUGCCUGAAAGUCUAUGUGGACCCCCUCGACUACUGGAAGGAUGGUUACAACCUGCUGGAUGUAGUCAUCCUCAUCAUCAUCUUUAUCCCCUACCUGCUCCGCAAGAUCAAGGGCAAACACUACCGCUACCUCAACGUGGCGGACGGCAUCCAGUCCCUCCGCAUUCUCAAGCUCAUCCCCUAUAGCAGAGGGAUCAGGACCCUCAUCACGGCCGUGGGACAGACGGUCUACACCGUGGCCUCCGUGCUCACGCUGCUCUUCAUCCUCAUGUACAUCUUCUCCAUCCUGGGCUUCUGCCUGUUCGGAGUCUCGGAUAAGGGCGACCUGGAUAACUGGGGCAAUCUGGCCGUGGCUUUCUUCACCCUCUUCAGCUUGGCCACGGUCGACGGAUGGACAAACCUGCAGGAAGAGUUGGACAACCGGAACUUCCUGGUGAGCCGCAUCUUCACCAUCACCUUCAUCCUGCUGGCCUCCUUCAUCUUCCUCAACAUGUUUGUGGGGGUGAUGAUCAUGCAUACCGAGGACUCCAUCAAGAAGUUUAAGCGCGAGCUCAUGAUCGAGCGGCACGCGACCAUGAUGGAGGAGAAGCAGGUGAUCCUGCGGCGGCAGCAGGAGAGGGUCAGUAGGCUGAUUCAGACGCAGAAAAGCUCCAAAAAGAGUUUUGGCGAGUUGGUGGAGAACUUCAAGAAGACGCUGCGGCACACGGACCCCAUGGUGCUGGAUGACUUCGGCACUAGUCUGUCCUUCAUUGACAUCUACCUGUCCACCCUGGACAAUCAGGACAUCACCAUCAACAAGCUUCAAGAGCUCUACUAUGAGAUCGUGAACGUGCUGGCCCUGAUGCUCGAGGACCUACCCGAGGAUGCCUCUGACGUGUUAGACACCUUUGAUUAG